AUCUGAAGAUGAUAGAUCGGUUUCAGAAGAUGAAGAUGACGAAGGUCUUGAAAUGAGAUCAUUAAAUAGUCGUCAUUUAUUCUCUUCUAUGAGAGAUGAUAUUACUACUAUUGACAUUCAAAGUUUAAAAUCAACUAAUCGUGAAUUAAAUAAUUCUCAAUCAACUACAAAUUCAAAACCUCGUACAUUCUCCAUUAAUGAAAAUCCUUUUAAUAUAAGUCUUAAUCAAUCCAAUAAUAUCAGUGUUGUUUCUGAAGGUUCAAUCUUACCUCCUCAAGUUCCUCAACAAGUUCAUCAAAAAUUACGUCAUGAUGGUUCUAAUCCAAAUUUCCAUAAACCAACUCCAUCAUCAACUUCCUUACCUUCAUUAAUGAUAACUCCAAGUCGUCAACGUACAGAAGAAAUCGAAUCAGAUAAUGAAUCUCAAAUUGCAUCUGACCUUAGUCCAAAAUCUCAAGUAAUAGUCUUAUUCAUCACCAAAUAUUUCGAUUGGUUAUUCUACGGAUUAAUGUUAAUCGUCUCUAUCCCCUUCUACUAUAUCUCAUCAAUUCAUUUAUUUUUACCUUAUCAUUUAAGUAUCACCGUAUCAGCAUUUUAUAUCGCUUUAUCAAUUCCUCAAAAAUGGCAAUCAACCAAGAAAUUCGCUCAUCCAAUCUUAAUCCUGACAUUCCUCAUCUUACUCAUCUGUUCCAUUGGUUCAUUAAUCUAUCAUCAAGGUGAUCCUCAAGGGUUCUUAUUAGAUUUAGAAUAUUAUCGUACGGGUAGAACAUACUUAAACCUUUUCAGUUCAAAAUUAAUGUAUAACAACGGUCAAACUGAUUUAAUGCCUCCUCAUGAUGCUACUUUAUUAUAUAAAUGGCCAGGGUGUGGUGAUGUUCUCGUAUCAUUAUUAGAUAUUUCCAUUGUUUCGUUAAGUUUACCCAUGUUUACUCAUAGAAGAGAUUUCGUGAAUAAUUUCUGGGUCGUCAUGGUGCCUACUACUGCAUCCAUGGCUUUAUCAUUCUUUGUCUAUCCUAUCGUUUGUCAUAGUAUUGGGAUUGAAGCUACUAGAUCCAUUGGUUUCAUUGGUAGAUCCAUCACUUUAGCUUUAGGUACACCAUUAAUGCUAGCCCUUGGUGGUUCCGUAUCAUUAAUGGCAGUGUGUACUAUCUUAAGUGGAAUCUGUGGUGUUCUUAUUGGAGACUUGGUGUUUAAAUUAACUAGAGUUGCAAAAAAUGAUUAUGUUACAAGAGGAGUUACAUUAGGAAUUAAUAGUGGUGCUAUUGCUACUGCACAUUUAUUAAACGUUGAUCCAAGAGCUGCAUCCAUGAGUUCAUUGAGUUUCAGUGUGUUUGGAACUAUCAUGAUCAUCUUAUCCAGUAUAGAUGCCGUGGUAACCGUCAUAAGAUCCAUGGUGGGAUUGGUAUAAAUUUGACGCGUCUUAAAUUUUUCAACCCACCAACCCUCCACAAAUAUAAAAUUUUGGUGAUACUUUUUGAGAUCGUAAAUAUUUACAUAUGUAUAUAUAUAUAUAUAACAUCCUUUAUUUAAUAGAAGU